AUGCAUUCCCUCGUCCCCUCUAGCAUCGCCCUGCUCUCGCUUCUGUCCACCUCCUUUGCCCAGACAUUCACAUCAUGCAAUCCCUUGGAGAAAGAUGACUGUCCUGAUAUGCAGGCGUUGGGCGUUUCCAACUACAGCAUCGAUUUCCGAAAGAGUAUGAUGUCCGACGAAGUAUGGAACACAACUGCAGGAACGGUGGAUUUCGACAACCCGGGCGCACUAUUUACCAUCAACAAGCGAGGAGACGCUCCCACAGUCCAGACCAACUUCUACCUCUUUUUUGGCCAGGUCGAGGUCAUCAUGAAAGCGUCUGUCGGUCAAGGUGUUGUAUCGUCGAUAGUCAUGCAGUCGGAGGAUCUAGACGAAGUAGAUUGGGAGUGGAUCGGAGGAAAUGAUUCAUACGUACAAACAAACUACUUCGGCAAAGGCAACACCUCCAGCUUCGAUCGUGCCGUCUGGCACCCUGUCAGCAAGCCCCAAGACGAGUACCACAAUUACACCGUAGACUGGUCGAGAGAACAGCUCGAAUGGUUUAUUGAUGGCCAGUCCAUCCGCGUGCUCAAGGCUGAGGAUGCCAACGGAGGCAAGAACUUCCCCCAGACGCCCUGCAACGUCCGUCUGGGAAUCUGGGCCGGUGGUGAUCCUAAGAACCCCAACGGUACCAUUGAAUGGGCUGGUGGCGAAACAACCUAUGAUGAUACACCAUACACCAUGACCGUCCAAUCUGUCCGCGUCAGUGAUGCAACUCAAGCCACUCAAUAUCAAUGGGGUGACCGAACCGGCAGCUGGCAAAGCAUCAAGGUCGUCAACAACACCGAGCCGAUCAAACUUGACGGUCAGAACAGCGGGUCCACGGUGCAGAGCAUCGAGCAGAAAUGGAACGGACUCAGCGCGCAGACCAAAUACAUCAUCGGCGGCGUCGUGGGUGGCGUGGUUCUCCUCGCCAUCCUCAUCUUUGCUUUCUGCUGCAUCCGCCAACGCCGGGCAGGCAAGCACGAGAAGCUGAUCGAGGACGCCAAGUACGAGAAGAACGCCGCCGAGGUCCUGGCCUACCGCAACGGCAUGUCGCGCAUGCGCACUGAAACCUUCAACAAGGGCGGCGUCCAUGUCACCGCUUCGCCAGUCAUGGGGAAUGCCGGUGCGACCAUAUACCAGAACCGCGGCCAGACACAGCCCAUGAUGGGACCUGGCGCCAUGAGCCCCAACCCGGGCUAUGGCUAUGCACAAAGCGUGUCCUCGUAUGGAAGUCGAGGCGGAUAUCAGAAAUACUGA